CGUGCAACAAAACUCCUGCAGUGAUUGUGUCUCUGAUCACUGACGCAUGAAAACCCCGGUUUGCUUUAACUCCUUUAUGCGCAAUAACUAACUCUUAGUCUAUCUGACUUAUCGAUCAGAGGCAUUUAGUUAUCGACCAUGGACCUGAACAACGUGAGACGUGCCUCCUCUGCAGGAUACCGCUUACCGGAGCGGUCCAACGGAGACAGGCCGACAGUAACGCAGCCUCCAGCGGACAGGACGCGGCGCGCCAAAGGAGGAGACCCGGUGUGUGUGGAGCAGAGUCCGGACAGAAGAGAUCCUGCGACCCGGGACCAGCUGUGGAGGGAGCUGGUGUGGAGUGAGAGGAGAGGCCUGAGGGAAUGGGAGAAGAACUGGAGCUUUCUCAGGAACUAUGAUCAGCUGGGACAGCUGAAGUCAGAGGAGCCUUUACCCAGCUACGUCUCGCUCUUCUCCGAUCGCGUCCCCAACACCACCACCCAGAUGUUCAGCAGCAAACUGUCCACUCCACUGGGGAGAGAACUGGUCAGACUGGACCGGCUGCUGCUCUGGUCUGGGAGCUAUCGCAAGAGCAAGCAGGAUUCAGAGAUGCUGCCCAGCUAGACUGCUCUGGAGACAAGUCAGUUCACUUUACAUCAGGAUCUCUGAACAUCAGGUUUUAUCUUAGCCAGGACUUAGCCAGUAUAGACAUGUUGUUAGAAGCCAUAUUUGCUGUCCUACAUCAGCUAAUUUUCCAGAUAAGUCAAUCAUUCAUUGGUCAUAUUUUAGUUUAUGCACAGAAACUGUGUAAUGUAUUGUGUUAAAGAUUUUCACUCACCAAAUAAAGACAGAUGAGAAGCGAAGACGUCGGCAGAUCAGAUUCGUGUCAUCUGAGCUCCAUCAACUAUUUAACCAGAUACUUGAUAAUUCAACAAGAGACCUGAUGAAACUUGGAUGAGUUUAAGGUUGUAUUGCCUCCACAUUUCUCUGUUGUGUUUACUCAAAAGGGCAGGGACCCCGAAAACAAGCAAAACAAAGAACACAAUAGAGAACAUAAAGCUUAAAAGGGUGCAAGUGGAUGUAGAGCUGUAGAACAUAGCAUAUAGUUUAACAACAGCGCCAUAAAUCAAUUUAACAUUUGAAUAAUUUGUUUACUGAUGCUGUUGGAAUAUAUUUUAUUUUGGUAAUAAAAACAGCAGUUAUGUGUUUUUCAGGACCUAAGCCAUUGUUCCAUGGAACUUCACUGAUUUUAUGUUUGGGAUUUUCAAAGAAUGUAGUGCAUCCACCUGUACUUUACAGGUCAGGCAGCAUACCUCAUGUGUUCGCACUGUUGUAGCUGCCUGAAAAAACACCAUGCUGAUGUAAUGUUGUUGUGAAUCAUUGCCCCUUUGUCUAAAUUUGAAUGAUAAUGUUGUUGCCCGGUGAAUUAGAAAAAGUGAUCUUCAGAUGAUCAAAGUCAACAUCUCAUUGGAAUAAAGAUUUUGCUAUGUUAAGUAAA